AUGGCUGCUGUGCCGUUCAAAGUCAAGUCUGUCUACGAGUACACCUCGAACCAUGAGGACGACCUGCCGUUCGGCAUUGGCCAGAUAAUCACAGUCACAGAAGAGGACGAUCCCGACUGGUAUGGAGGCGAAUAUGUCGAUGACUCGGGUGUAAAGCAGGAGGGCAUAUUUCCCCGAAAUUUCGUGGAGAAGUUCGAGCCCACCGCCCCACCGCGUCCGACGAGGGCUCGCAAGAAGGAGGCAGAGCCAGCUGCCACGGCUCGCCCACCCCAACCCGUUGCCCCCUCGGAACCGUCGCCAGUAGAUGAGCCUGCUGAACCAAAACACGAGGAUGUCCAGGAGGCUCAUGUUGCUUCACCGUCGCUCCCUGCUGCUGAUGAACCCCGCUCGCCUCCUGUCAUACCUGUGGCCAACCCUCCUGAGACUGCCCCCGUGCCGGCACCUGUGCCUAUCGAGCCUAAGAUUGCAGGUCCAGUCAGCUCGUCGAGCGCUUCUCAACCGCCGCCUAAGCUUCUGGCCCAAGCUCGGGCGCCUCCCCCUGUGUCGGAAAAGCCCAGCGGCAACUCUUUCAAAGAUCGCAUAGCGGCAUUCAACAAGCCAGCGGCUCCACCAGUUGCUCCUUUCAAGCCUAGUGGGCUCAGUUCAGGUUCAACAGGCUUUAUCAAGAAGCCGUUCGUUGCUCCGCCGCCAAGCCGAAAUGCCUACGUACCCCCGCCGCGGGAGGCACCGGCUACGAAAGUCUACAGGCGGGAUGAGGAUCCGGAGAUUAAGGAGAGAGAAGUAGAAACUAUGGAAAGCGCAGAAAAAGCUGGGCUUGUUCCUACUGUGCCUGCAGAAAGUCAAGGCGAGGACCAGCCUAAGCCGACCACUUUGAAAGAGCGUAUAGCUCUGCUCCAAAAGCAGCAGGCCGAAGCAGCGCAACGACACGCGGAUACUGCGUCGAAGAAGGACAAACCCAAGCGUCCUCCGAAGAAGCGAACCGAAAGUGGGGGUCCUCAAGAAGGUACCACAGCAGAAGAGGUCGACGCUCAAUCUCCUUUGGAGCGCAGAGAUACUGCCGAGGUUGCCAGCAAGAAAUCCUUGGACGAACCUCGGUCUGCAAGGCAGUCCUUGAGUCUUCGACGCAAGUCUACGGGUCUGGCCGAGAAUGACGGCAAUGAGGCAGACAUGUCCGGUGCUGGAGACACCACCGAAGGCCAAGAAGAUUUCACCGAGAGAGAGGACAGUGACGAGAAACCGAAGGCUCCAUCACGCGCCCCUACUGGUACCAUACCCCAGCCAGAAGAACCCGACAUCAUUGAGGAGGACGAGGAAGGUGAGGAGGACGACGACGUUGAUCCCGAGCUCAAGCGGAAGCAGGAGCUUCGUGCCAGAAUGGCCAAGAUGAGCGGUGGUAUGGGCAUGGCGGGAAUGUUCGGUCCGCCAAGCAUGUCUGCGGGAGGCCAGUCCAAAAAGCCGAAAGCUACUUCACCAGAAGAGCGUCGUCCCAGUGAGCCGUCAGGGGGGCCAGGUUCGCCCAGGAUGACUGCUCCCCCAGUACCGACCAUGAUGGCGCUGCCUGGCAUGGGCAAACAGAAGCAAGCAGAGGAGGAAGCUGAAUCUGAUGAUGAUGAACCCCUGGGAGAGGAGAUUACACCAGUAGCUUCAAGUAGUCGAACAAGCACUGCUGCAGAACCUUCGUCGCGAGUUCCGGGCGGGCCACCACCCGUUCCUGGCGGAAGACCUGCGCCCCCUCCGGUGCCUGCAGAGUCUCGGCCUCCACCUCCUCCGCCCGCCCGCAUUGCGUCCCCCAGUGUUGGGUCGGAAUCUGAUGAUGAACUGUCUGAAGCCCCAAACAGAUCUCUGGAGACUCCCACUGGUGAGGCUCCGCCGACGGGCCGUGCGCCGCCACCCAUUCCCUCGGGAUACCCUGCAAUGCCUUCAUCGCCACGAGCAACUGGUGGCAAGCGAAGCUCCUACAUAGGCGAUGAUAGCCCCGUUGGCUCACCGAGGUCUCCUCCACAACCGAGCAAGAGAAACAGUCGGCCGCCGCCUCCUGUUCCUGGCGCUGCUCCACCUCUUCCGGCACAGAGUCGGCCACCACCCCCUCCGCCUCCUGGAGGUCCUUUGAGCCGUACUUCCACUGCCGAUAGGCCAGUACCACCACCGAUGCAGCCUGGCACCCUAGAUAAUGGCGAGGAAGGAGAAAACACCGACUACGAAGGCGAUUACGAUACUGAUAUUGGCUCUUCUGUAACUCACAAGGAUGCGCUCAAGGCUCAUGCACGGGACCCGAGUUUCGACGAAGGCACGUCGGUACGCUCGCCUGCCGUUGAAACUCCUGCGUUUUUGCCUCCUCCUGUUCCAAGCGCUGCGGCUCCGAGAACCGGCCCGCCUCCAGUCCCGAGUCAGCCUGCCCCAAGUGCCAGGCAAUCAAUUGAUGCACCCCGGGCGGCGCCUCCACCCCCUCCACCGUCCAAAGAGGCGCCAUAUGGUUAUGAUGAUGAGGACUACGACCCGUACAACUACAAUGCGAUGCGAAGCCCUCCAAUUACAGUAUCUCACAGCGCGUCUUUGGAAGAGGAGCCUCAGUAUUCGCCAGACCCAGGGCUUUCGUACCAGUCGCCCCCUCCACCUCCGCCAGAUCGCCGGGGCCCACCACCUGCGCAACCGCCCACCAGGGCUCCUCGGCAGUCAUUAGAUGCAGGUGUCCAGAACACUAGGGCUUCUCGACAAUCCCUAGAUGUACAGAGAACACUCGGAGGAAGGAGGUCAAUGGAUGCCUCUCGUCCAUCUAUGGAAACGGGUUAUAUGGCUAACGACGUUGACCUGGCUCCUCAUACACAGUGGUGGCUUUCGCGGAACGGUCUCCCUCCCGUAUUCCAGGGUCGAAGAGAUAUCUACUUCGAAUGCGAUGAAUCAACUGCGUCAGCAGCUGGCGGCCGAACAUCGGUCACCAAGGAGGUUUUCAUCCUUUUCCAGGACUACUCGCAGACUAUGAUCAAUGUUCACUUUGAUCCCCAAAACCCCUCGGAUGCCGAGGUUGAGCAGCGGCAUGAGGGGCCACCGCGGGCACUACGCCAAGACCAGCUUGAGGAGGCGUAUGAGCGAUUUGGACGGCAACUAGCCAGUGCUGCUGCAUCGAAGAAGGAUUCGGUUGUCGGCGAUGGUACUCCACAGUCGCUUAUCUUCGAGCUGCUCAGGCCUCUGAAGGAUGCCUUACUACCCGUUGGCACCCGUGCGUAUGGCGGCCUAGUCUACGCUAACUUGGCCAAUGCUUCGACGCAGCUGCACGAUGAGAUACGGCCUGGUGACAUUAUUUCUAUUCGGAAUGCAAAGUUUCAAGGAAAACACGGGCCUAUGCACGCCAAGUACUCAGCAGAAGUCGGCAAGCCAGACCAUGUGGCUAUAGUUGCUGAGUGGGACGGUACCAAGAAGAAGGUCCGUGCUUGGGAGCAGGGUCGCGAGAGCAAGAAGGUUAAGCAGGAAAGCUUCAAGCUCGAGGACCUACGGAGUGGCGAGGUCAAGAUCUGGCGAGUCAUGCCACGCAGCUGGGUUGGGUGGUCGUCUCAGGACUAG